AUGGAUGAAGUUGUUCUUCCUCCUAAUACAAUUUUGUGUCCUCCAUAUGAUGCCUUUAUGGAAUUUGAUUACAUGGAUGAGCUAUUGUUAGAAGGAUUUUGGUUAGAUGGAUCUGAAUUCUCACAUUGCAGUGCUUCUACUCUGAGUGGUCCAUUCGAUCCUUCACUGGUAUGGCCUAAUCCAGAGGAAAGGCAAAUAUCAGCUUUUCAUGACAAUCUGUCGAUUAAUAGUCCAUCCCAAGGACCAAAAAAAACUGCAAAAUCUCAUUCCAUUGCAGGGAAUGCUGCUAAUGAUGGGGGUUCUUUAGGUCAAUCAGAUCGUUAUUUGGUCGAACGUUCCGAGCCGAGCAAAAGGUGGAUUGGACAAAGGGCGUCAAUAUCGGUAGUAGACCGUUUGUUUUCGGCAAUUGGGUACAUAAAAGAUUACUCUAUAGGUAAGGAUGUACUUAUUCAAGUGUGGGUACCGGUUAACAGAGGUGGCCAGCGAGUGUUGACAACAAAUGAUCAACCUUUCUCACUUGACCUUAAUUGCCCAAGGCUUGUCCAUUAUAGGGAGAUUUCUGUGAAUUACCAUUUCCCUGUUGAGGAGGCUUCGAAAGGGGUAGUGGGAUUGCCUGGACGGGUAUUUUUGGGUAAGGUUCCCGAGUGGAGCCCUGAUGUUCGAUUCUUUACAAGGGAUGAGUACCCAAGAGUCGGUCAUGCACAACAAUACGAUGUUCGUGGAACCUGCGCCGUUCCAGUUCUUGAACAAGGUAGUAGCAAUUGCUUGGGUGUCAUUGAAGUGAUCUUGACCAGGGAAAAGAUGAAAUAUAGUGCAGAGCUUGAAAGUGUAUGCAAAGCUCUUGAGGCUGUUGAUCUAAGGAGUUCCGAAGUUUCAAGAGUGCAAAACGUCAAGACGUGUGAUUUAUCUUAUCAAGCUGCAUUACCCGAGAUUUUGGAGGUUUUGAGAUCUGCUUGUGAAACACAUAGAUUGCCGUUGGCUCAGACAUGGGUCCCAUGUGUCCUACAAGGCAAAGGGGGGAGUCGGCACUCAGACGAGAACUUGCUUCAUUGUGUUUCCACCGUAGAUUCCGCUUGCUACAUAGCAGAUCCCAGUACUCAGGAUUUCCAUGAAGCUUGCUCCGAGCACCACUUGUUAAAAGGUCAAGGCAUUGUUGGUAGAGCAUUUAUGACUAACCAACCUUGUUUCUCGUCUGAUGUAACUGCUUAUAGUAAGACUGAGUAUCCUCUGUCUCAUCACGCAAAGAUGUUUGGACUAUGUGCUGCUGUUGCUAUACGUCUUCGGAGUAUCUGUACUGGUUCGGCUGACUUUGUUUUGGAGUUCUUUUUGCCAAAGGAUUGUACGGAUCCUGAAGGACAAAAGGAAACACUCACUUUGUUGUCGAAUGUUGUACAAAAAGUAUGCCGCGCCUUACGAGUUGUUACGGAUGAAGAGUUGCAGGAUGAAUCUGGUUCUCGAGUUUGUGAAGUUGCAAAUCCUCCAGUAACUAGAUCUAGUGAAGAAAUUACAAAGGUGGACAAAGUGCAUUCUCUGAGGCCUUCUCGUGAUAUAAUGUCCUGGAAUGGAAAACCAAGAGAGAUCCUAGCUGAAAUAUCGUCACAACUGAGGACAGAUCCACCGGAUUCUAACUCAAGAGCAGGUUUUGCAUUUGAUGGAAUCCCUUCUACAUCCGCUGAUGAUAGCUCACCGAGCAAAAGUAAAGCUGGAGGGAGAAGACGGAAGAAAGCUGAGAAAAACAUUACCUUGCAAGUUCUUCGCCAAUACUUUGCUGGGAGCCUGAAGGAUGCAGCAAAAAGUAUUGGUGUUUGUCCGACCACUUUGAAGAGGAUAUGCAGGCAUCAUGGAAUAAUGCGUUGGCCUUCUCGAAAGUUCAAGAAGGUUGGUCACUCCCUAGAAAAGAUUCAACGCAUGAUAGACUCUGUCCCAGGUGCCUGUGCUUUGCAAAUUGAAUCCUUUUAUUCCAAUUUUCCUCAACUGGCAUCUCCAAAUGUAUCGAGGAUAACCCAGUUUGCAAAUUCAAAUCCAACCGAUUGUCCAAAGCCAUUAGGCAGGCAGCCUGAAAAUGACAUUUUUAGCUCCAUGGCUGGUGCAUCUAAGUCACCUUCCACUUCAUGCAGUCGGAAUUCGAGCUCAAGUCAAUCUUAUUCUAGUGAGAGACAGCAGAAUCCUUGCACAUUUAACAUUUCUGGUUCAAUGGUCCAUGAAGAAUCUGUCAACGGCCUGCUUAAACGCACAAGAAGCUAUGGAAAUCUGCAUUUGUCAAGUGAUGUAACAAACUUUGGUGAGCCUCCUAAACGAGAAAGUUUCCCACCUGCAUGGAUAGACAAUAAUACGCGAUCUCCAGAUGGAGAUACUCAAAUAGUAAAAGUGACAUACAGAAGAGAGAAAAUCAGGUUCCGCAUGAAAAAUAAGUGGGGAUACGAAAAUUUACUGCACGAGAUUGCAAAGAGGUUUGAUAUAGAUGACACAAGUGGUUUUCAUGUCAAAUACUUAAAUGAUGACUUGGAAUGGGUAUUAUUAACAUGUGAUGCUGAUCUGGAGGAGUGUAUUGAUGUUUACCGAUCAUCUCAGAGCCGAACAAUUAAGCUCUCUUUGCUCUGUGAUUCCCAACAGCAGGUUGGGAGCUCGUAUAGUAGCAACGGUUUUUUGUGA